CCAGCUUAUAAAAACUCUAAAACUUGUCCUCUGUUUCUUAUUAGCCGUUGCUCUCCAAGCCGAGAAAAAUGCUGACUCUACUCUUCUUCUUCUUCUUCUCUCUCGGACUCCUCCUUCUUCUUGGUCUUCUCCUCAAACUCGCAUAUGCCGACGGGGAUUUAACUCUGAUUUUGAAGAAGCAUGUGAAGCGAGAAGCCAUACAAGGAAAGGUGGUCUGGAUCACAGUGGCUAACCGUGGGAUUGGGCAAGCUCUUGCUAAACAGUUUGCAAGUUUAGGUGCCAAGCUUAUUCUUUCUGUUAGGACUGAAGAUGAGCUAGUUCGUCUUAAGAGUGAGCUCAAAGGUAAAUAUGCACCAGAACAUGUCAAGGUUUUGCGUUUAAAUUAUGCUACCGGCGAAACGUGGCUCAAAAAUGAUGUAGAGCAAGCGCUGUCGCUUUUCCCUGGGGCUGGUGUUGAUUAUUUGAUCCACAACGCUGCCUAUGAGCUUCCGAAAUCAAAUGCAGUGGAUGCGAGUGAGGAAAAUCUUAAGACUAUAUUCAAGGUUAAUGUAUUUGAGACAAUAUCUCUCACAAAGUUUGUAAUUCCUCAUAUGCUGAAAAAAGGAGGCGGUCAUUUUGUUGUGAUUAGCAGUGCUGCAGGGAAGAUACCAUCACCUGGACAGGCUAUAUAUGCUGCUUCAAAACAUGCUCUGCAAGGCUACUUCCACACCUUACGUUCCGAGUUCUAUCAGAAGGGAAUCAAGGUUACUGUUGUUUGUCCCGGUCCAAUAGAAACCUCAAAGGGUACAGGAACAUCAACUUCGAAAGACAAGAAGUCUCCUGAGAAGCGUAUGUCAUCUGAAAGAUGUGCAGAACUGAUCGUAAUCGCUGCAUCUCAUAACUUAAAAGAAGCUUGGAUUUCAUAUCAGCCAGUACUGCUCGUGAUGUAUCUAGUGCAGUACAUGCCUUUCCUUGGCUUCUGGCUCAUGGACAAGACGAGAGCUUGUUCGACCUCAACGUACAUUGACACCAACGAACUCUUUACAGAAAUGAAGGAAAAGUGGGAUGGUCUUGAGAUCAAGACGACUGUGAUUAUAUAUGGAGGAGGAGCCAUUAUUGCUGUUUGUUUAUCUUCCAUUCUUGUUUGGUUAUCUUCCAUUCUUGUUGGUGCCAUCAACUCUGUUCCUCUGCUUCCGAAAGUUUUGGAGGUUGUUGGUCUCGGGUGCACAGGAUGGUUUGUCUACAGAUACCUUCUCUUAAAGUCAAGCAGAAAGGAGUUGGCUGAGGAUAUUGGUUCCUUGAAGAAGAAGAGGGCCGAAUAGAUUCUUUUCAUAAAAAUAAAUAAACAAGCUUUCUUUCCUUCUGGA